GGCUACGUUCCGUCCCUAUCGGCCGCCAUCGUCUUCCUCAUCGCGUUCGGCCUCAUCACGCUCUUCCAGACGUACAAGGUCGUGCGCAGUCGCGUCUGGUGGCUCGUCGUGCUCCUCAUCGGUGGCCUCGGCGAGGUCCUCGGCUGGGCGGGCCGAGCGUGGGCGAGCAAGGAGACGUACAGCCUCGACGCGUUCCUCAUGCAGCAGAUCUGCCUCAUCCUCGCGCCGUGCUUCUUCUCCGCGACCUGCUACGGCAUCCUGGGCAUGAUCGUCCGCGCCCUCGGUCCGCAAUACUCGUACCUGCGCCCGGCCCUGUACUUCUGGAUCUUUUGCCUCGUCGAUCUGGUCGCCAUCGUCGUCCAGGCCAUCGGCGGCGCCAUGGCCGCCCUCGCGCUCGAGAACGACAAAUCGUCCGAGACGGGCACCCACAUCAUGGUCGCCGGCAUCGCAUUCCAGCUCGCGUGCAUGGUCGCCUUUGCCGUCCUCGCCCUCGACGUGUACCGCCGCGUCCGCCGCGACAGGAGCUACCGCGCCGUCCCGCAUGCGCAGGAGGGACGGCUCACCCGUCUCGGCUGGGGCCUCGCGUGGGCGACGACCUGGAUCAUCAUUCGCGGCAUCUACAGGACGAUCGAGCUCUCCGAGGGCUGGACCGGGUACCUCAUCACGCACGAGCCCUACUUUGCCGUCCUCGACUCGGCCGCCAUGGUGCUCUGCCAGGCCGCCUUCUGCGUCGCGUGGCCCGCCAGGUCACGGCACGUCGCCGUGGAGCGCCGCAUCUCGCACGACUCGGACGAGACGGCGGCGGCAGCGCCGGCGCCAGGAGCAGGGCACGAGAAGGUGCCGCAGACUGUCUAG